AUGUAUAAGAUGUGUGAUACCAAUCUUCCCUCAAGAGCUUCCAAAUAAAACUGUAUUUGCUGUGCAAGUUGAAACAAAGCUUCUGUAGAACGAGUUGGACUACAUUAACUGUGUUUUUUGAAGGCCCAGGAAUAGAAAAAUGGGGAAGAAAAUAGAUAAGGGCAGUAAUCUGAGAUACUCUCAGAUAAUUUGGAUACCCUAGUAAGUUUAAGAGAGAAAAUGUAGAUUAAAUGCCCAUUCUGUCCUUAUCUUUGCAUGUUGUGACCAAGUUCUAGACACUUCUUCCAUGAAACUUGUGGUUAAUGGUUAUGAUUAAGAGUCCGAUUUCUGUUUCAUAAUUAAUCUGUAGCCUAUUCCAACGGUUUGUAUGUGUCGAACAGUUGAUGAAUGUGAGGAAACAUCCUCUGCGGGUAAUGCAGCUGGUUUUUAAUGGAGUUCAUUUGCAUUACAAGGUACUUUAGAAAGAGUUUUCCAUCUUCCUGUGCCUGAGAAGUGACAAACUUGUGCUGUCCAUUACCAAACUGAUAAUCCACCGUUUCCGUGACAGGGACACUGUUGCCCAGGCAUUAAACAGGGGAGCGGGCAGUGCCAUUGCCAAGGACUGAACCCUGCUUUACAGAUCGUUCUUUUGAGGGAGCUUAGAUGCAGUUUGCUAGUCCUGUCUUGCCAGAAUAAUGGCUUCUUAGUUCAAAUGGCCUGGCUCUAGCAUUAAGAGCUGUAGUUAUUGUAGUUUGUUGAACCAGAAAAAGUACUUUCCACCCCCUCCACAGUUUUUCCAAGCUGAGGUGUAUCAAAAAUCAGUUCAGCUGGGCUGAUUUAGAAAAGGCUGUAUCAAUUUACCCUCCAUUUUUAAGAGUUCUGAGAACUUAAUGUAGCCCUAGAAAGGAUGAUGUGGCCAUAAACCUGUAUGAGCCUGAGCCCAUCUGUUUUCUACUUUUACCCUGCCCUGCUGUGUGUCUGCAUGAUAAACUGAGAUGGUUCACGUAGGAAUUGAGUGGCAGGAUGGAUUACAGCCAUCUUGGGAAGGACAAAGAUGUGGAGGUCCACACAGCUUGUACUUACUGCUGCUGUUCCCUGAAAUAUGCAACUCAAUUUAAUAGAGAUCUCCCUUUUUGUGCAGCACCUCUUGGCAGCAUCGUGGUCCUUGUGCAACUGAGAGAUGACUUCCUGCAUGCGAAUGACAGGAGCGGAAGAGAAGCACAUAGCGUUUACAGGUUUGUUUUCCACUGAGCCGGGACAGGAGUGUUGUUGGUGAGAUCAGAACUGGUUGUUUCAUGGGCACAUCCUGGCAGCUGUGUGUGAUUUGAGCCAUCUCAGCAUCCUCUUGAGCUCUGCCUCCCAAUACUUACAGUACAACUCCCAGCCAGCUUAAAUAGAGAAGCACUGGCUCCUCUGAGUUGCAUCGAAAUCGAUGGACUUUUUCUUUGGAGGAUUAAUGUUACUGAGAACUAAAAUGUGGGAGGAAGAAGAGGAUUUAACUGUCAUAAAAACUUUGUUUCACAAUUACCCUUCGUAUUUGGGAGAGGAGAAAUGCUGGACAGCUUUCCAGCAGGCAGCAACUUUCAGCAGUCCUGAACUGGAAGGGCAGGACUGAGCAAACGAAAGAAUAACAGCUGAGUCACUGAAAAUGAAAGCAGUGACUGCAACAAUGCUAAGGUAACAACCUCAUGGCAGGAGGAGUUUCUGAGAACACCAAACCGUGACACGUGUUUUUCUACUGCUGCAGCAUCUGCCAGAAGCGAAUUGUGAAACACUUGGCUGAACAGGGGAGAACUAUGAAGUUGGCAAUGGAAUGGAACGUCACUAGCAAGAUGGAAAGAAGAAAGACCCUGAGCUCCUGGUGAUUCUCCUGCAGGAUCCCUCUAGUCAUACACACAGAACACUAGGAAGGAGAAGAAAAGGGCCAUUAUGAGAUCACGUUGGUUUUCUUGCCAUGUAAGAAGUGCCUUGAAACCAGCUCUUACACAACUCGAGUCGAAGUACGGCUCCUGUCAGAGAUGUAUGUUCUAGGACGGGCGUUGGACACCCUUGAGCGCCCCAGCGUCUUACGGCACAGACAUUAAAAUGGGAACCGGCAAAAAGAAUGGAGCAGACCCCGUGACAAAGCACGUGAAGUUUGGUUUUAUGCAAGAUGCUGUUUGGACGACCAAGUCCACUUCUUCAGGCCAUGGGAGAUGAAAGACUAAUCACAUGAUAGUUCUGUUUUGUCCAAGUGCUGUUCUGAGUCAGUGUUGGUUUUUAUUAAGGCCAAAUAUUAGCUUCUUAUUGUCAGCAUGUCGGCUGUGGCGAGCGCUCAGACACCGGAGGAACCGAAUCCUGCCCCCCUUGAAGAAAAGCCAAAGGGGAAAUCGCUGUUUGAUUUGCGGUCGCUCUUUGCUAACAGGAGUGAAAAGUUUGUAAUUGCUAGGAGUGACAGCGUACCAGAGGAGAACGUUCUGAAAAUAACGAUCACAGAGACCACAGUCAUCGAGUCGGACUUGGGCAUCUGGAAUUCUCAUGCUCUCAUCUACCUCACUUUGUGGUUUUUCUUCAGCUUUUGCACUCUUUUUCUUAACAAAUACAUUCUGUCGUUACUGGAAGGAGAGCCCAGCAUGCUAGGUGCUGUUCAAAUGCUUUCAACCACCUUCAUUGGCUGUAUAAAAAUGUUUGUUCCAUGCUGCUUGUACCAACACAAAACACGCAUCUCCUACCCACCCAAUUUCAUCAUGAUAAUGCUCUUUGUUGGAUUAAUGAGAUUCGCAACGGUAGUCUUGGGGCUUGUCAGCUUGAAAAAUGUGGCAGUUUCAUUUGCAGAAACUGUUAAAAGCUCUGCUCCUAUUUUUACUGUUAUCAUGUCUCGGAUGAUAUUGGGGGAAUACACUGGAUUGCUGGUUAAUCUCUCCCUAAUCCCUGUCAUGGGUGGGCUGGCUCUGUGUACAGCUACUGAAAUCAGCUUUAACAUCCUCGGUUUCUCGGCGGCUCUGUCCACCAAUAUCAUGGACUGUUUGCAAAAUGUCUUUUCCAAAAAACUGCUCAGUGGAGAUAAAUACAGAUUUUCAGCGCCUGAGCUUCAGUUCUAUACAAGUGCUGCUGCAGUGGUUAUGCUUAUUCCAGCUUGGAUAUUUUUCAUGGAUGUGCCUGUGAUUGGGAAAAGUGGGAGAAGCUUCAGCUACAACCAAGAUAUUGUCAUCCUUCUCUUAAUAGAUGGAGUCUUGUUCCACUUACAAAGUGUUACAGCCUAUGCCUUGAUGGGAAAAAUCUCCCCUGUGACUUUCAGUGUUGCGAGUACUGUGAAGCACGCGCUGUCCAUCUGGCUAAGUAUUAUUGUGUUUGGUAACAAAAUCACAAGCCUCUCGGCCAUCGGGACUGUUCUCGUGACCAUUGGAGUUCUGCUGUACAACAAGGCAAAGCAGCAUCAACAAGAGACUAUCCACAGCCUGGCAGCUGCAGCCCCAGCGUCCGCACAAGCCACGGCUGAGGAUACCGAGCCACUCAUAUCCAAGGAUUUGGAACCGUAUGGUUAAAAUGGUUAUUUGCUCUCAAAGGAACCCUUCCUGAAAGCAGUUAUUUCUUCAACUGUUGAUGCUGAUUUGGUUCCUUUGAGUUCUUGGCAAGUCAAGUCUGGGACUUGAAGCAGGGAGAAAACAAUUUGGAAGAAUCCAGUGAGCCUUGAUUUACGGAGAAACUGGAUUACCAAAAAAAGGACCCUGUGUCAUAAAAUGUGGUAAACAUGGCUUUAUUGUUUUAACUCGACUGCAAGUAACACACAAGCCUAUAUUAGAAAAAGAAGUUCAGUGUCCUGUGGGGAAUACGAUUCCUUUCUCCCUUCUCAUCAAAAGAAUGUGAAAACAUGGACCACUCACUGUAUUCCAGUUGAAAUUGGUGCAUCACUGGAACUCCUAGUUGUUUGUUGCUCUACGCUGCCUGCGUCCCCCAUUGUCUGCAUGCGUUGUAGAGCUGGAGGAAGGAGCUCUCUCCUCUCCCAACGAUGACUUUUGGGGUACAUUUAGUUGAAGCAAACUAUGGAAAUGGGCCCAUGUCCUGAAGUGGCUAUUUGUCAUUACAAAGCAAGGAAUGAAAAGUGAUUUUUUUGACUAAAAUUUAACCUGGAAAUGUUGCAUCCUGGUUGUGCAUUGACAAUAAUGAAAUGGAAGCACACGCACAGAUCCAUACACUGUAGAAACAGAGUAACGAAUUAAGUAUUUGCAGUUGCUUAGGGGUAAAAAAACGCUGAUCAGUUUUGGUGAUGAAGCAAGCAGGAUCUCAUUUCUAUAAGAAACCGUUUCAGUAUUUUCAUUUCUUGCAUUUUGUAUUUCUGUUACAAGCAAAUAAAUUGAUUUUUUUUGGUAUUAUUUCUAAGAGUGCAGCAAAACGCUGCCAUUUAGAAACUCAGGGUUAUAAUUCUGACCGAUGUGCUAAAUGUUUCUAUUGUUAUGUACUAAAGUAUCUCGGAUCCAUCUGUGACAGAUGGGAGACAAGUCACUAAAGGGAGGAAUAUUAACCAUAAACUGAGGCUAAUCUUUAUUUCCGCUGCUCUUAAGAAGUUUUCUUUUUUGAAGGAAAUUUCCAUUUUGUGGUAGAUCAAUGAUUAAAAGUUACCUUCCCCUUAAAAAAAUUUCUUAGUAUUGAUAAUCAGUUUUGGCAAAAAAGCACAGUAGCAACAAACACAUUUAAAUAGGCUUUUUGGUAACAAAAUUAAACUAAAAAUUGAAAGGAGCUGAUUUUUAUUAACUGCCACUCUUCUGGAAGAGGGUAGUGUGGCAUAAGAAGUAUGAUUAAAGUGGUCUUGAUGAUAAAAAUAAUUCCUAAUAGGAAGUUGCCAGUGGAGUUCCAGUAAAAUAUAAGCUCUUCCUCCCUUUUCCAGGUGAGGCAUUCCAUUAGCUCUAGUGAACUGUUUCUGCAGAGGGCAAAAAUGGGUUCCAAGAGAGUCCCUCUGAAGAAGCCUGUCUUCUGUUUAAAUAGCCUGUGCUGCUUUUGUCUUACUUCAGGUUACAUUCCUGUAUGUGACCAGUUGCCUGGGGCACAUUCUCUGAAGAUUUGGCAAGGGAAGUGUCAGUUUUUUCAUCAGUGCGUAUGUGAUAUCUGCUUUUUCUGUUUCUUUGUCCUAUCACUUUUACAAAAACCGUGGACUAUGUGGAGCUCUGUGGUUCUUUAUUUUUGGUAGGUUUGCUUUCAAAAAUGUCAGUGUAUUUGGCAGAAAGCAGUCUGGUUUGUGUCACAUUUCUACUCUUGUUGGAAGACAGAAACGUAAGUGGCUUUCUAAUUGACUUGCUCCAUUCCCAUGUAAACCCUUUCAUCAAUUGCCGUAGCUUCAUUUUAAAAGCUAGCAGGCUUCUGCCUUCCCUGUGCUGGAAACCUUUCUGUGACCCAAACCGCUGGGAGGAUUUUGAAAUUUGUGAUUUCUAACACGUGUCUAAGCCUAUUCAGGGUCGGUUUUACCCAACCUGUUCUGUGGCAGCACGACAAUCCUGUUUCACUGGGUUUGUUUUCACAGUGUUGAUCUUAUGCACUUUUCUAUGGAGUUGGCUUGGCUUUUGUUAGAUUAAACAAACCAACUUAUUCACUUUUCUUCCUCUGGUCUUACCAGUAAUUCUCCUUUGCUGUUGUGUCAACAAGGACUAUUUUGUUCCGUGUUAGGAGUAUUAACUCACAUGCCAGCUAUUUGCCUUCCAGUUACUUUGUCUGAUGGCAGCAGCGCUGCUCGAUUUCUUCUGGAAAGUCCUCGAACCACUCCAGGGUUUCUCUUACUCGCGUUUCCCACAGCCCUGAUCCUCGGGCACCGAUCAAGACAAGCUCUGCAAGUGAAAGCGAGGCAGAUUCUUUGUUUGACAAGUACAUCUUCAUACAAACAGCACAGUCUUCCAUAAAAUGUGAAUUCCUGAACUAACCCGUGUUCUUGCUGGAGAGCACAGACUUGCAAUGUGUUAUGGUGAAUGUGUUUCUGAAAUGACGUCAAUUCCCAGUGAAAAUGAGGGAUGGACAAUAAAGCAGCUGUGUAUAAUGAUCUUUCCUGUCAUGUAGUAUGUUGCAACCACUAGUCACAGUCAGGCACCCUCACCCCUUUAAAGACAAGGAUCUUCAGUUGGGACUACGCAGCUGGAACUCAUUUUCCUUUUUAUGGAACUGAAUUCCUGUGAAUUUUCUUUUUUUCUGUAUUUGUUCCAUUGCUGUUAUGUGACUUGUUUAAGUGGUCAUUAGAAUUGUACUUUAUUCAUGGGAAUGAUAAUAAAAUGUGACUUUUUCUAUGUAAUUAUUAUGUAAUUUAGGAUGGUCCAAAGGAACGGAGGCAGUUUCUUCUUUUGGA